AUGAUGAUCAAGGUGCCAGGCAUGGCCGAGGAAGAUGGAUCAUUGUGGCAUGCGACCGCGUUCCUAACUUUGCCCACAAGGAUUUUCGUACUAUGCAACGGCAACCUCCCUCAGUCCAAGGUUUUAUCAGACGCUGCUGGACCGGUGCUGGCGCCGCUCCGGGACUCUGUUGUAUCGCCCCAAUCAGCGGCAGGCCUGCUGGAUCAGCGGCAGGCUCUCAAUCGAUUCAACAAAUUCAUCAUUGGGGAUUCAUACAGCCACGAGGCUGCCAAGCGGUAUCCAAGAACACGGCAAGAAGCCAAGCGACGAGAUAAUGAGUUCUGCCUCGUCGAUCGCAUUCACGAGGCCGAAUAUGCCAACUUGAAAACACCACCGGAGCCGGCGCACCGACUGGUCGUCACCCUCGAGGAAGACUCCUUUAGCGAGGAAAAGUAUCAAGUGUACGACAACUACCAGAAAGUGGUGCACCAUGAAGAGCCAGAGGACAGAGCCCGGCGCUGCUUCGAGCGGUUUCUGUGCAACUCGCCUGUGCGACGGGAAACCAUGGUCAUGGCGGAUGGCCGCCGCCGUCGACUUGGUUCGUACCAUCAAUGCUACCGGAUCGACGGCAAUCUGGUCGCCAUAGGCGUUCUCGACCUCUUGCCGGACUGCGUCAGCUCCGUCUACUUUCUAUAUCACGAGAGCAUCCACAAGCAUUCUCCGGGGAAGCUGGGAGCCCUGCACGAGAUUGCGCUCGCCGUCGAGGAAGGCUACCGUUGGUGGUACCCGGGAUUCUACAUCCACAACUGCCCCAAGAUGAGAUACAAGAUUGACUACUCGCCACAGUUCAUCCUCGACCCGCAGUCUCUACGCUGGGAUCCCUUGGACGAGGUCGUCUUGCGCUUGUUGGACAGAAAACGAUUUGUCAGCCUUUCCUUGGAGAGGCAGACUGUGAUGGAUAGUGGCACGGACGAGCCGGCCUGCAACGAAUCAAGGGAGGACGCCGACGACGCGGCGGACGAGGACGCCGAAGGGCACAUUUCACUGUUCCGGUCCGACAUGCCCGGAAUCCCUUCUCUUUCCGACAUGGAACGAAUCGACCUGGACCACGUCCCGUUGAAGGUGUGGAGUCACGGUCCGAUGCAUGAGACGGGCGACCUGGCCGGUUGGGAGUCGAAGGGGAUCGUAGACUUCCCGUCGGCCAAGGCUACCGUUGCAGAGUUGGUCGCGGCAGUGGGAACCGAUCUCAUCGACUGCCUCCCAAAGCGCCCCCACCUUGACCACGACAAAACUUUCCCCGUCACGCCUCUCGUCCCAACUCUUGCUCGCUGCGCCUGCCUCUGCGACGGUCCCGAUCCGCAGACAUUGGCGGUGACAAUGGCGAGCCAGCAAUCUCUUCUGUCCCCCGUCGAGCUCGCCUACCUCCACCGCUCCCUGUCCUUGCAACCGCCGAUCCGUCCCGAUGGUCGAUCACCGACACAGUUCAGGCCCUUGACGGCCGAGACGGGCAUCUUGCCGGGCACCAACGGCAGCGCGCGGGUCUGCCUGUCUGACGGGACGGAAGCCAUCGUGGGUGUCAAGGCAGAGAUUGAAAAAACGGCCCAGGUGCUGUUGGGCGAAAACCCAGAGGCGAGCGAAACGCAUCAUCAGCCGCAUGAUGGUGGCAGCGGUGAAGACCAAAGGUCGACGGCGAGGGGCGAUUGGCUCGAGAUGACGGUGGAAAUCCCCGGCCAGCGCGACGACGAAGCUUCGACCGUCUUUCUGGCCGAGAUGAUACGCGAGGCCCUGCUGGCGGACGGCGCCUUUGCGAAGAAGCUGCGCAUCAACUCGCGCUUCCAUUGGAGGCUAUACCUCGACAUCCUGCUGAUAUCACCCCCGCUCGCGUACCCUCUCCCUCUCCUCUCCCUCACCACACACCUCGCCCUGCUGGCGACGAGGCUGCCGCGGUUGAAAUCGGAGGGUGACGAAGACCCCAUGUUCGAUGACGACUGGGAGGCGUCGACGUUUCUGUAUCCGAGAGAGGGAAGCGCGGCGGGUGCCCGUCCUCCCAUCACUCUCCUCGUCGUCGCCGUCGGAGACAACGUCCUCUUCGACCCCGCCAGGGAGGAGCUCGCCGUCGCCGACGCCGCACUCGCCGUCUCCGUGUCGGAGGUUAGGACGGAAAAGAAGGAGGGCGCUGGCCAUUUCGAUUCGGACGGCACCCUGCGCUUGAUGUCGAUGCGAACCAUCGACCCGCCAUCGAGGCUGACGCCGCCGGGCGUUGCCAACUCGGCAAACGUCGCGACAAACGGCAAGCCGCCGACGACGACCACGCCGAACCAGAACCCGAACGGUCCGGCCGAGGAAGGUCUGUGGAAGGCUCCCCUUGGAGGCAUGAAGUUCGCCGUGCUCGACGCAAUCACGCAGGCCGUGCUGGAGAAGGGAGGGGUCGCGCACGAGGUCCUCGAGAGCUUGGAAACCGUCGAGCUGACGUAG